AAUCUCACACACCUAACAGAGCUCCUUCUUGAUGGUGUUAAUAUAUCAGCACACGGCAAUGACUGGUGCAAGGCCUUAUCAUCUUCACUGCCUAAUAUAAAAGUGCUGAGCAUGUCCAACUGCUAUCUCUCAGGCCCUCUUGAUGCUUCCCUUGCAAAGCUUCAGUCUCUUUCAAUAAUUCGUUUGAGCGGUAAUAAUUUGUCUGCUCCAGUUCCAGAAUUCCUUGCAAAUUACUCGAAAUUGACUGCCUUGCAGCUCAGCUCUUGCCAGUUGAACGGUAUAUUUCCACAAGCUAUAUUCCAGUUACCAACACUAGAGAUCCUUGACUUGUCAUACAACAAAUUCCUUCAAGGUUCUUUUCCGGAGUUCCAUCAGAAUCUCUCUCUUCGGACCCUACUGCUCAGUAACACAAAUUUUUCGGGAACAUUACCACAGUCCAUUGGUGGACUCCAGAAAUUAUCCAGAAUAGAGCUAGCGGGUAACAAUUUCACUGGACCAAUUCCAAAUUCAAUGGCUAAUCUCACCCAGCUGUUUUAUCUGGACUUGUCAUCCAACAAGUUCACAGGCACACUCCCAUCAUUCCGCAAGUCCAAGAAUCUCACCUAUGUGGAUGUCUCUCACAAUCAACUAAAAGGUGAGAUUCCAUCCGGUCACUGGGAAGGCCUUCGAAGCCUCACCUAUGUUGAUUUAGGUUACAACGCAUUCAACGGGAGCAUCCCCUCAUCGUUGCUUGCAAUCCCGUCGCUGCAGAAGCUACAGCUUUCCAACAACAGAUUUGGGGGACAGAUUCCUGUGUUUCCAAACGUGUCUUCCUCUCUUUUGGAUACCCUGGAUUUGAGCAGCAACAAAUUACAAGGUUCUAUUCCCAGUUCUGUCUUUGGUCUUGCAAAACUCAAUGUCCUUGAACUUUCAUCCAAUAAGCUCAAUGGCACGUUGCAAUUACAUUGGAUUCAGACACUUCCCAAUCUCACCACUCUUGGCCUCUCGUACAACAACUUGACAGUUAAUGCAAGUGGUGGCAAUUCCAACAUGCCUUCCCUUCCCCAAAUCAAGAAACUAAGAUUGGCUUCUUGCGACCUGGGCAUGUUUCCAGAUCUAAGGAACCAAUCAAAACUCUUCCAUUUAGACCUUUCAGACAACCAAAUUACUGGGCCGGUACCUGGUUGGAUUUCAGAACUUAGUCUUCUUCAAUAUCUGAAUCUUUCACGCAAUCUUCUGGUUGAUCUAGAAGGACCUUUGUCUCUUCCUGGUCUCAACAUCUUAGACCUGCAUCAUAACCAGCUCCGAGGUAGCAUUCCAGUUCCUGCAUUAUUUAUUGCCUAUGUGGAUUACUCAAGCAAUAAUUUUUCUUCCUUCAUCCCCCCUAACAUCGGUAAUUACUUCAACUUCACUUUUUUCUUCUCCCUUUCAAAUAAUCACCUUAGGGGAGCAAUACCGCAAUCGAUAUGCAGUACCGAAGAGCUACUAGUUCUUGACUUGUCUAACAACAGUUUGAGCGGAGCAAUACCAUCCUGUUUAAUUGAAAAGAUUAAGACUCUUCGUGUUCUAAAUUUAAGGAGAAACAACUUCGAUGACAUUAUUCCUGAUAAAUUUCCAAGAAGCUGUGAAUUGAAGACUCUGGAUCUGAGUGGAAACAACUUGCAAGGGCAGGUUCCAAAAUCUCUGGCAAAUUGCACUAUGUUAGAGGUCUUAGACCUCGGAAGGCUUCAGAUCGUGGACCUAGCUUUCAACCAUUUCAGAGGAAACCUACCAAAUAUUUGCUUGAAAACGUGGGAAGGAAUGAUGGAAGGUGGAAACAAAAGCCUUGAGCACAUAAGAUAUGAUCCCCUGAAGCUGACGAAUGGACUGUAUUAUCAAGAUUCAGUAACAGUCACACUCAAGGGUCUCGAGCUGGAGCUGGUGAAGAUAUUAACUGUCUUUACCUCUGCUGACUUUUCAAGCAACAACUUUGAAGGGCCAAUACCAGAUGCCAUAGGACAGUUCAAUGCCCUCUAUGCUCUCAACUUGUCACAUAAUGUACUCACAGGCCAAAUUCCAUCAUCUUUAGGCAACCUGUCACAGCUCGAGUCCUUAGACCUCUCAUCUAACCAAUUGUCUGGACAAAUCCCACAACAGCUUGCAAGCCUGUCAUUCCUUUCAGUCCUGAAUCUCUCAUAUAACAGGUUAGUGGGACAGAUCCCAGAAGGUACUCAAAUACAGACGUUCUCACCCGAUUCCUUUGAAGGUAACCAAGGAUUAUGCGGGCCUCCAUUAAUUUUAGCAUGCUCCCAUCCAUUCAUUUCAGCAUGCUACAAUACCAGUGGAUCAAAUUCUGGUAUAGAGAUUGACUGGAACUUCUUAAGUGUUGAAUUCGGAUAUAUUUUCGGGCUGGGGAUUGUUAUUCUACCUCUUAUGUUCUGCAAGAGAUGGAGAACGUGGUACUACACGCAUGUUAAUCGUGUAAUUUUCAGAAUCUUCCCUCAACUAGAUAAAAGAAGCAAGAGUCUUGGCAGAAGAGCUCAAAGAAACAGAAGAAGGCAGUAACAUUGGUGAAGAAGAUCAAUGCGCGUGGUGAGAGCAUUUGCAAUUAAUAUUUCCCAUGGCUUCUAUUUUAUAUCCUGCUAUAUGUUUUGUUCUGUUUUCAGUUUGUUGACAUUUGCAAUAAGAAGUUUAGUUACUACUUUAGUUUUUAUUCUCUUUGUCCACCAAUUGUAGGUCCUCAAUCAUUCGUCCAAGGGACCUCGCAGUUAUUGGAUAAAUGCGACAGUUUCUUUUGUUUGCUU